AAUUAUCAUGAUUUUUUUGUUACUCUGCUAUAUAGUUGGUUGAUGAUAUGGUCCUGCUUGGAAUACGAGCUGGAGGAGGCCAUAAUGUUUUACAAACCUUGGACCAUGCUGACAAGUCUCGAGGUUCUAUACCAACAUGCCCUGUGGAGGAGAUGUUUCUUUGUAGGCUUCUAGAAACAGAUUUUAUUGACAGUAGUGACGAUGAUGGGAUUGCUAAUUAUGUUGAACUAGUUUUAUCGGCACGCCAUUCCUCCACUAGGGACUUGAUAAAAUCUCUGCAGGAUACCAUCUCCGCCGAGAGGAUGAAAACUGAGAGAAUGACUUUUUCUUCGCAUGGAAAAUUAUCUGUUGAAGAUACUAUGAUGCAGCUUUCUAAGAUUGAUGAUAUGAUGAAAGAAGAGGCUAAAACUUGCAUGAGAUGAUCAGUGUUCUACAUUUGAAGCAUAAAGAAUAUGCGGAUG